AAGGGUUCAGGAGACUAGGGGCAGGGUCCCGCGCGUGCGCAUUCCUGGCUACGGAGGGACCAGGCACCAUGGCGGCCGCCGUAGGUUGCCGAGUAGGUUCGCGGCUGCGGCUACUUUCCUCGCACCUGAAGCCCAGUAUCCCUGUUCCCCGAGCCGGGCCAGCGGCCGCGUUUGGCACCUCAGUAAGCUCUGGCAAAGUAGCUGUGAAUGGUGUUGACCUGCAUUACCAGCGCACCGGAGAGGGCGAGCACGCCGUCCUGCUGCUUCCAGGGAUGCUGGGAAGUGGCGAGACAGAUUUUGCACCUCAACUUAAGAGCCUAAGUAAGAAGCUCUUCACAGUGGUUGCCUGGGACCCCCGAGGAUACGGCCAUUCCAGGCCCCCAGAUCGAGAUUUUCCACUGGACUUUUUUGAAAGAGAUGCAAAAGAUGCGGUGGAUUUGAUGAAGGCGCUGAAGUUCAAGAGGGUCUCCCUGCUGGGGUGGAGCGACGGUGGCAUCACCGCGCUCGUCGCCGCGGCCAGGUACCCGUCGUACAUCAGCAAGAUGGUGAUCUGGGGAGCAAACACCUACGUGACCGACGAGGACGAGAGGAUCUAUCUGGGUAUCCGAGAUGUUUCUAAAUGGAGUGAGAAAGCACGGAAGCCUCUCGAAGCCCUUUAUGGCUAUGACUACUUUGCCAAAACCUGUGAAAAGUGGGUGGAUGGCAUAAGACAGUUUAAACAUCUCCCCGAUGGUAACAUCUGCCGGCACCUGCUUCCCCUGGUCCAGUGUCCCACGCUCAUUGUGCAUGGGGAGAAGGACCCCCUGGUCCCACGUUUCCACGCGGACUUCAUCCACAAGCACGUGAGAGGCUCGAGGUUGCAUCUGAUGUCAGAAGGCAAACACAAUCUGCACUUACGUUUUGCAGAUGAGUUCAAUAAGUUAGCAGAAGACUUCCUGCGAUGAAAGGCCCCUAAGAAUCCUUGUGUCUUGUUGCAUCCUAGUGUGGGGCUGGAUUAUGGGCCUGCUGAUGACCACAGUGCCUCUGGGCCCCUGUCCCUAUGUCACACCUCAGUCCACUUGCAUUUCCAGGCUUCCUAAAACCCCCUCCGCAGUGUGACCUUAAUCAAACAGAAUCAUGAAGACCGUCUGUGGCUUUCAUAGUUUACCAAGAUUGAUUUUUUUUUUUUUUAACAUUGAGAGUUUCUAUCAUUGUCUUAAAAAAUUCCCACCAUAAUUUCUGCCGAAAUAAAUUUUAGAUGGCACA